AUGACAGUCUACCACAAUUCCAUUUCCCUCCCAGGACGCCCCGAUGUCCUCGAACGAGUCACAGAACUGCUCACGAAGAGCAAACACCAAGACCACUAUGUAUAUGAUAAGCAUGGAUGCUGGUACAUGGGUUUUGGAAAUCAAUCCUCCCUGGUAGUCAGCCCCAACGGGCUGAAGGCGACAACUUCCCGUGGAUCCAGGAAGGAAGAGCACAUUAUCCACGGCCCCAUAACGGACGUGGCGAGGGACUUCCUAUCCAAGCACGGAAGGCCCGGUCAUAAGACCUUUGUGGCCCAUGUUGAGUCCGAUGGGCCUCCAGAUCUCUGUCGUGUCAUCAAUGACAAUGCUAGUGUGGUGGCAUCGAGUCCGGCUCAGCUCAUUAGCACAGACGAUACUGCUGGAGAAUACACGACGAGAGUCAAGCAGGUGCAGAAGGAGAUCUCGCAGGGCCAAUAUGCCAAGUUCAUUCCCUCUCAGAAGAUACAGCUUCAGGAGAAGAUCGAUAUGCCGGCGGCCUUACUGCAUGGUCGCCCCGCGAACGAUCCGGCAAGGGGCUUUUCUCUCCGCUGUGGCGGCCUUCAGGCGACGGGAUUCAGUCCGGAACUCGUCAUGUCAGUACAUCAGGGGAAAGUGAUUACGGAGCCUCUCGCUGGUACUAGGUCGGGCAAGAGCACAGAGGAAGACAUCAAUGCACUUCGACAAGAUCUAAGGACGGAGAUGGUAGUGGUCGAGGAUCUGAUGUCCGUUCGACUUCGUGGGAGCGUCCAGCAUUUAGGCUCCCACGUUGCGGGUCAACUAUCCGAGAAGACAGAUGCGUGGGAUGCAUUUGACGUUCUAUUCCCAUCGAUCACUGCAUCGGAAAUUCCGAAACAGCCCGCGCUCGAAGCUAUUGAGCCAUUGGAGCCCGACAGGCGGGAGCUGUAUUCUGGUGCUGUUUUGAUGCUCGAUGGCGACGAGUUCGAGGCCGCUCUAAUCCUUCGCACUUUGUUUCAGGAUGAUCGACGUCAAUGGGUGCAGGCCGGUGCGGGCAUUAUCGCACAAUCAAAACCAGAGAGAGAGUCGACGGAGACGAGGGAGAAGAUGAUGGAGAGCUCUGUGCCAUUUCUGGUCCAAGAGAACAGCCCUUAG